AUGUUGGACUCUCUGCUCGACUCUGAUUCAAACCUGGAAGAUUCCGAUUCUAAUAUCUUGUCGGAUUCAGGGCAUGAUUCAGAUGAUGCCGUCCCAUGGCCUGUGGCACCACCAAGCACAGAUUCGUCUAUGAAGCACCUUCAAGUGUACAUUAAACAACUUCAACUUGAGAAAGGAAAGUUGGAAGAGCACAACGCAGCACUGAAUGCAACCAAUGGCACAUUAGCAGCACAGCAGUUGAAACAUCACAGGUGCUCACCUAAUCAGAUAUCAUCUGCUGCUGCAUCGUCAUGUUCAUCUACUGCAUCUCUGCGUUCAUUUGCGCCAUCUUCAUCUGUGCCACCUUCAUCUGCACCAUUGACUACCACGUCCAUCAUAACGUCUGAGACCAUCAUCGACAAGCUAAUCUUGGGUUUGGCCAAGAAGUAUGCAUUGAUGACAGAGAUGUUCCUGCCUGAAAAGAAAUCGACAGAGAAGGCUGCCCUUGUCACUGAGCUCUACGCCUCAAUCGAUCAUGAGAUGCACGCUGAGAUGCAAACAAAUUCAUUCUUUAACUUGUUCGCAACUGGCAUGCAACAGGCACGAUCAUCAUUCUUUAAUGGUCUACAUACUGUUGCAGGUAGCAUCUUCAACAUGUCACCCGAGUACUUUGUUGCCAGAUAUGACCGUGCUUCUGCCCAGCAAAUUACAGAUAUGAUUGGAUGGAGGGUGGGGAAGGGGAAGACCUUUGAUGUUUUCAAAGCACCAAUACUGUACCCUGGUAACAUUGUUGACGAGAGAAAUUUUUUCAGAAACUGGUUGGUGAUCGCAAAGGUUAUCAAGGUUUCAGUGUGCGGCAAGAUGUCAUUGUUCCCCAAGGGGCAUGGUGGCCCACCUACCUAUGCGAAGAUUUGGAAACUCAACAGCUGCACUCCUGGUAUGAUUUCAUUUGGCGUGACUUCAAUAAUCUUCAUGCUAUCCCCGGAUCAAGAAUUCUCCGGGGACGGUAUUGGAGCCAUUUCUUCGAUCCCUUAUUACACUGUCUUCUGCGCUGUCAAAAGAUUCUUCAUCAUUAAGUGGACCCAUGAAUGCAUCAAAACUAUUGUUGGACACAUUAACAGUUAUGUCUUUGACAAUGUUGCUCAGACAGAGCAGGGCAAUACUUCGGGCAAGGAAGACAUGAUUGAUUCCGUCAAUCGUGUCAUGGCGGCAUUGGAUGAUUCAGAUAGCAGCUCGAAUAAAGACCCCACUGGCUCUGACAGUCUUGGUGCACACUAUCCUACCAUUGUUGAACCGAGUUCUUUGACUGCAUCCUCAGUCUCAAAUACUAUUGCAGUAGCUUCUCCCCUGCAACAUGAACCCCCCCUGCCUUCUGAUGUCGUGCCAUCUAUCUCAACUCAGGGUGCUUUGCUCAAUUCUGAAUCAAGUACUACGUGUUCAGAGCCUGCCUUGGUUGCUACAGUGAUAGCGGCACCCCAUCUGAAGCCAGCCAGUGAAGACUUGGUGGCUGUCGCUACGAAAUCCAAAAGGGGACCUCGAGGAAAAGGUAAAGUCCCAUAUAAUAGACUUUUGAUCUUCUGUUUGCAGAUGCAUCAAUUAAUAUCCCUGGUCAUUGUGGACAGUGUAUUGUUUGAUGUGAGUCACACUGAAGUGGGCAAGCCAGAACUGACAUUUAUAGUCAUAGGCAAACAACACCACGUUCGCUUCUUCCCAAAGAACCGGGGCAAAGCGGACAGGUCUGGCAACUGUCCCACAGGAUUCAUUGCAGACAAGGGAGUUGGGAACCCCGCUGUAUGCAACUUUUACCUCCAGUCGCAUGGAGGCCUUCUCGGAACUAGCAGACCAAGUCAUUACAUCACACUCAGGGACGACAUCUACAAGAAUAACACAGACAAUCCAUCAUUAACUGCAAGAGCGCUCAAGACAGAUGAUGUCUCAUCUGGAUGA